CCCAAUGGCAAAGGUACCCACUAGGGCCACUACUAGUCUGGUCACUUUCUCUCUUUCUGCUACUUUCUGAUUUCUGAAUUCCAUUUUUUUUCUGGCUUUCUUUCUCUUUUCUAUAAGAUUUUUGUACUCUCUCUUUCUCUCUCUCUCAAUGAUGCAAUUCACGGAGGCUCCACCACAACCCUUACACCAAAUGACUCCAUUUUCCAAUCCUACUAUGAACAAAAGCCAGAUUCAUAAGACUCGGCCAUGGCUUGGAUUUCCCACAUCGAAGUCCUUAGGGAGCUUUGGUGAUGCCAAUUGUAUGGAGAAACUUCUCGUCCACUGUGCCAAUGCAAUUGAAAGCAACGAUGCCACUCUUGCCCAACAAAUUCUAUGGGUCUUAAACAACAUUGCACCCCCAGAUGGGGACUCGAAUCAGCGCCUUACUUGCGGCUUCCUCCGAGCUCUAAUUGCACGCGCAGCCAAAAGUGGAAGCUGCAAAAUGCUGGCUGCUGUGGCAAACGCUCCCAGCAAUCUUGCCAUAGACACACACAAGUUCUCAGUCAUUGAGCUUGCUAGCUUUGUGGACUUGACCCCUUGGCAUCGGUUUGGUUUCACAGCAGCCAACGCAGCAAUUUUAGAAGCUGUUGAAGGGUACUCGGUCAUUCACAUCGUCGAUUUAAGCUUGACACAUUGCAUGCAGAUUCCUACACUGAUUGAUGCCAUAGCUAAUCGUCAUGAGGUCCCUCCUCUGGUCAAGCUCACCGUAGCCACUGCCAUAGAAGACUUCCCGCCAAAGCUCGACCUUUCGUACGAGGAAUUGGGUUCCAAGUUGGUUAAUUUCGCCAUGUCUAAGAAUGUUAUGAUGGAGUUUAGAGUGAGUCCUUCAAGUUACAAAGACGGGUUUGCCACCUUAAUCGAACAACUUCGGGUUCAACAUUUAGUCUAUCCGGAAAGCAGCGAGGCACUGGUAAUUAACUGCCAUAUGAUGCUUCACUACAUCCCGGAAGAAACCCUUGUAUCGAUUCCUAGUACAAACUCAAACCCUUAUGCUUUUGAAUGUUCCUCCACAAGUACUGCUUCCUCUUUCCGGACAAUGUUUCUCAGUGCGGUUCGGAGUUUAGACCCAACCAUUGUAAUUCUAGUAGACGAAGAUGUAGAUUUGACAUCGAAUAAUGUGGUGUGUAGGUUAAGAUCAGCAUUUAACUAUUUAUGGAUACCUUAUGAUACUAUGGAUACAUUCCUUCCAAAGGGGAGUAAACAGAGGCAGUGGUACGAAGCCGAUAUUUGCUGGAAGAUUGAGAAUGUGAUAGCACAUGAGGGCCUUCAAAGGGUUGAGCGGCUUGAAACUAAAAGCCAGUGGGUGCAACGAAUGAGAAAUGCCAAUUUUCAUGGAGUUUCUUUCGGAGAGGAAGCAGUCUCGGAGGUGAAGACCAUGCUAGAUGAGCAUGCAGCUGGGUGGGGAUUGAAGAAGGAAGAAGAAGAUCUUGUUCUUACAUGGAAAGGACAUAAUGUUGUGUUUGCCACUGCUUGGUUGCCUGCUUAAUUGAAGAUCAUGUUUUUUUUCUUUUAAUCUUCUUCUUAAUUAGCUUCUAAUUCGAUGAUCUUCUUCUAGCACAACUAUUUUUGGGAGUAGAUGGUCUCAGAGCAUAUUGUGAUGAAGGUUUUUGUCAUGUUGCCAAUAAUUUCAUACUUGUUUCUUGUAAGUAUG